CUCGAUGUCUGGAUUGGAUUCAAUGAUUUUGCAAGCUCUGGAGCGCAGCAAAGAGGGGAAGGAUUUAAUCUGGAGAGCUGUCAGAACUGGCUGCCAGGAGAACCCCAUCCCUCCAACGCUGACCACUGCGUCCGGAUGGGCCCGACGGGCCAGUGCAACACCGACCUGUGCAUGGCCAAGCACAGCUACGUCUGCGAGUACAAACCCAAAGGAGUUCUCCUAAAUGCCGAAAACUUCUUUGAGGGCGACGCUGUGUUUGACACACCCGAGGCCAUGAGGAACCUGACUGGAGCUGUGCUGUCAGAGCCAUGGCAGGCUGAGGAGGUGAUGGAGUUCCCUGAGCUGGCAUUCAGGCACGAGGGGUAUCUGACUGCCCUGGAGUUUGUGACACAGGAUCUGCAUCAGCCUGUCCAAGUGAGGUUCCAGGUGCACAGGCCGAUGGAUGGAGAAGACUAUCAGGAGGGAAGCAAUGCUACGGAACCAUUCCAUCCUGCUCAGGAUGAUGGGAACUGGACGCUGCUGGAAUGUCCUCCUGGUUUCCAGUGGUGUCAUUUGACUGAUUCGUGCUCGUCCCACAACAACUGCUGCAACGCGACCGAGUGUGCCAACAACAGUUCCUUUGCCAGCAGCCCUGCCCCCGGGGCCCUGCAGCCCAACGACAGCCAGCCCAGCUAUGAACUCCACCAGCAAUUUCUCUUUACAGUACCAGCUGGCCCCUCUUCCCAGUAUCAG